AUGGCCUCCGGAACGAAACCGGCCAGGAAAAAGAAAAGAGACAGCAGGGACACUCACCUCUCCGUGGCAGACUUGUUUGCAGCAAUGUGCAUGAUGCAGGCCUCACAAGAUGGCCGCCACCUAAGCUUGCGCGGCUCCAUCUCUCCCACAUCUAAUCUGGACAGCGACACACCGGACAUCCCUGUGAGUGAAGGAUCACACAUCCUCACCAAGCUGAUGGAGGUGAGGAACUAUCUGGUGGCGAAAUUUGCCGAAAGCUCGCAGGAGGUGAAGGCAGAAAUUCAGCAACUGGGCAGGCACCCCUCCGACCUGGAGGAGAGGGUAGAGGAAGUUGUAGGAGUCCACAACAAAAUGGUAGCCCACUCACAGGCCACAGCAGAGAGAGUCACUGACCUGGAGUGUAGAGGACCUGGAUAACAGAUCCAGAUGGAACAAUCUCAGAGUGAGGAGACUGCCUGAACCACGCAAUGAAGGCUUUCUAAUGAAAAAAAACAUAGGCCACUACUUCAGGCACUUGCUGCCAGAAACAACUGAUAGUAAUUGGGUCAUCGACCGUGCACACAGGGCACUUGGCACCCGCCAUGCAGAGGGAACUACACCACGAGACGUAAACAUCUGGUUCCAUUAUUACUCCUCCAAAGAGGCUGUAAUGAAAUACAGCAGAGAGAAUGACCUGAGCUACCAGGGCAUGACACUACAAAGAAGGAGAGACUGGCGACCUGUUACAGAGCUCCUGCGGCAGCACAACGUUUGCAAUACAUGGGGACACCCCUUUAAACUUAUAGCCUUCAAGGCCGGGAAGACGUACACACUUCAGCCGAGAUCAGAUCCGGGACUGUUUCUCACCAGCCUAGGAAUCACCACAGGACCAGACUUUGCAUUACCAGAGGCGCAGGGGCCUUACCUGACCACCCUCCCAAGAGACUGGUACAAAGGGACACACCUAUACAUGCCCAGGAGGAGCACAGGAGGGGAGCAUGGGGGACCCUACUCUUAGGCCCCAGGGCAUAUGGCGCCUCGAUUGGGUAACUACCACAGCUCAGUUGGGGAACCCUUCCCAUCCACUUAGCUUAAACGUUGCAAACACUUGCCAGGGUAACCUUAGAAUGGCCAGAUUUAACGUAUAAAAGGAAACAUCACAAGACAGGCUGUGGACAAGAACACAGAAAUCAUGGAAACUAUAAACAAGCCAAAGGUCAAGGAAUAUAGAGGUCAGAAUAGUCAGGAGCCAAGCCAAAUGUCUAGGAAUAUAGAGAUCGGAAUGACAGUAGGAAAGCCAAGGUGAAAAUACACAAGAAUCAAUACCAGAAACGCGCUCUCGGAUAACCAGAGUAGAAAACAAGACAGGGCACAGAAAAAUGGACAAAAAAAGGUUUAAAUAGCCUAAGGUGUUCCCUGAUUAGCUGCAGGGAAGCAUGUGAUAGUGAACGUGUGUAUGUUACAUCACCCACACAUUCCAAAUGGUAUGGCACUAUAAGGGUUAAUAACAAAACCCUUAAAAGGUUCUAACUUGCAGCAGCCGGCGUCUCUAAUGAUCACAGACCCGGCCGCUGUGUGAGGGGGAGGAGUUCCUGUCAGAGGCAUCUCAGGAGGGGGUAAGUGAUAGGUGGCAUUAUCACAUGGGAAUGCCGCCACGAGAUGCGCCCGUCGAGUCCCAGUCCGCUCCCGGAUGCCUGCAGACUGGGUAAGUAUUCGGCGGGAUUCCCCUUGAUGUGUGUGAUGCCGCCGCAACAAUGAACGCACAACGGGACUCAUACCGGUCUCUGGCAGGAGCGGACCCGGUGGGUGGCGUGACAGCCACAUACAAGAUUACUGAGGGGGGCGGUGGGUGUACCAGCCAAAUCGCACAAGGUGGGAGAUUUCCGAAGGGGGACUGUGGCAAAACCGACCUCGCCACUGGGUAUUGGAGAAGACUGACUGCCAGCCUCCUGCCAUGUGACUAUGGCCCCUGGGAUGUAUUGCCCUUUAAAGACAUGGUUUUGGCAUAAUGGAUUUGUGUUGUGCUGCUGCUGGCCCUUUAAGAACCAUCUGGGGACAUACUGUGGAGUUACUGGGUGGCCACCAUUUCAUGUAUCAGAGGCACAUGGUGAGAACAACGGAUGAAGCACCUGGUGAGAACAAUGGAUGGCGGCCAUUUUAACUCACAGACACUGUUUGGAUGUUGGUUGAACAAUGUCAGGAUUUAUUGCCAUAUUAUAUAUAUUUUUUAUUAUAUUUUAAGAUUAUAAUCAGUGAUUAGGUGUUUAAUUCUGGAUUGGGAAAACGUAUAUCUUUAUUUAGAGGCCAACAAAGAAGAGGCCUUGUUGCCCUUUGAAUAAAAUAUUUGUUUUAAACUUUUUAGCAUCCAGGCUGUGUGCUCUAGUUGAAAUUCAUUAGUUUUAAUUUUUAUAGACGAGAUUUUUGCAGCAAGAGAUGAAGGUUUCAUUUUGUUACUCUGAUUGACAAUAUAUAAUUCUUUUGCUAAUUCGUUUAGUUUUUUUUAUUCUAAUAUUUUUUAAAUAUGAAGCCAUCUGUAUGCAAUGUCCUCUUAAUACACUUUUAAUAGUAAUGAUAAAAAGUAUUAAAUGUCCUAAAUAGGAAUUAUAUUCAUAAAUGCAAAUAUAUAUAUAUAUAUAUGUACACAAUCCAUAACACCUAGGUUAUGAUCAAACAUAUAAUCUAUCAUUGAUGUGUGAUCUGUUGGUAAUCUAGGAUAUAGACACUAGACCACUCUGAAUUUAUUAGUCAAGUUGUGAGAUCGAAUAACAACACAUAAGGCCGCUAUGAAAAUAAUAAUUAAAUUUCCCAAAGGGGGAUAGAUUACACUAGACCACUGUGAAAUAAUGGUCAGAUACUCAGAUAAAGAUAGAUUAAACUACAAAUUGCCUAAAUCAAUCAAGGUGUAUACAAGGAAAAGAAAAGCAAAAUAAAUAUAUUAAUUGGCUAAAAAAAUAUGAUCAUAAUGAGGUUCUGUUCAAAAGUUUUCAGAAACCUUCAUCCAAUGGUGUUUGCAAAAAUAAGUUUUGCAAUUCACAUGCGCUGUGUAUAUUUGAAACAGUAUAUAUUGAUCAUCUGGAUACAAAGUAACCGAUCUAUUGCAUAGCCCAAAUCUCCAAAAUAGGCUAGAUCAAUAAUGUGCCUUGUACUAUUUAAGAUUGUUAAUAUAUGUUUGCCAUGUACUGAAUAUUCACGGCCAUAUUGCAAAUAUAUUAGUCGAGCCACUGGGUAUCAAAGCUUGUAUAAAUAGUUACAAAACAAAUGGUAAUGGUUUACAGCUGUACAGAUCACCACAUCCGCGCAUUGAUAGUUUGUAUGUGGUAUACUGUGUAUCCGAUCCCUGCUUCUAGAUGCUGUUAGCCAAAUUGAUCAGCAACAGUGAAUAAAUGUAAACCACUAUUAGCUAUUAAUAAAUGAAUAAUAACUUUCUCAUGCGAUCAAAAGAGAGGACAGACCAUUAGGUCCUCGAUAGAUCUGCUGUGAAUGUACUGUCUAAAGCAUUAGUGGUGAAAUAAGCUUGUGGUCUUGAGACCGUAAUAGUGUCCGGUCUUAAUAACGACAUAUGAAGAAAACCAUGAUGAAGGCUCAAGACCCACGAGUUCCCCUGACGCGCGCGUUUCGCCCACAGCUCAUCAGAGGGGAACCGAUGUGUGGGAGACGACUGAAAUUAAAUGAUGGAACGUCAAUUCUGAUAGGGACGUUUGAAAAACGUCAUCAUUUGAUUAUCCAAUUGGGACCUUACCAUGACGUAUUUAUUGACUCAAUUCAUUCCAAUUUGUGUGCGAAAAGGGGAAUUUAACCUUUUUGAUGUCAUCCAAGUAAGUCAGCACUUCUAUUAUGUUACAUAUGCAAAAACUAAAAAAUACUACAUCUGAUUCAUUGGCACUAAUUGUAAGGAUAGUACUUCUAAUAGUAAUCAAACGAGACAAAAGGAAAAGAAUAAAGUUAAUCACCUAAAUAUGUAGAUAUUCACCAUACAUUUUAAUAUCAUAACAUAAAAAAUAAUAUAAAUAAACAAAACAAUUAGUGAGGGCUCCCACACACACACCACACAAAAGCAGCAAAACACAAAAUAGCAAUAUUAAUAAUAAUAUAUUUGACCCAUCUAAUCAAAUAACAGCAACAUGAUGAUACAUAUUUUGUACAAGGACAUAUGUGUAUUGGAUGAUUGUAUUGAAUAGUAAUUAUAAUGAAAUAAAUAAUAAUACUAAAAACUAAAAAUUGUAAAAAUAAAUAAAAUUAGGGGAUAUCUCAUAAUGAAAUAAAAAAUAAAAUAUAUACAAAAAAAAGAGCCUAAAAAGGGGAAAUUAAGACUUUCCUCUCUUCUUUAUUAAACAGGCUCAUAAUGGAGUGGAUAUAGGAAUUAUAAAUACUUUUUAAAAAUUCUCAUUAAGGGAAAUGAAAACCCUAUUUGCCGUGGACAUAGCAUAGGUCCGGAAGGACUUGGGGGUCAUCACAGUCCGACUGCAAUCACUGGAAGACUCUAGUGACAUUGUACAAUGCCGGCAGGAUGCUCAGCAGUCCGAAAUGGACAAGCUCAAACAAGCAAAUCUCUUCAUGGAGGGCAGAAUUGCAGCGCUUGAAGACUCUAAGCGACAGCACAACCUCAAGAUUCGGAGCGUCUCUGAGGACGUCACAGAACCCGAAAUCCCUCAUUACAUCCGCCGCCUGCUAAGCAGCGUACUAUCACCAUCUAAGGCGAAAGCAAUCUCGAUGGAAAACUAUUUCAGGUUCCCAAAACCAGCUAGGGCCCCAGAUGGGGUUCCCCGGGACUUGCUGAUUUGCUUCCAAUCGCUGCAAAGUAAGCAGCUGGUACAAGUAGCUGUCCGUUACACACCUUCGUACCACUUUGAAGGGGCCAACCUCACCUUCUUUAACAACCUGACUAGGUCCACCAUGGUAUGGCCGUAAUCCUUACGUCCCAUCACCCAGCACUUGAGAGAUCACGAGGUGGCAUACCGCUGGGGUCCCAGCCUCAAACUCACAGUGCUUCAUGACGGGAGGAGAAUUCAGCUACAGCAACAGAUGGAUGCAGGACUACCUACACCACAGACCCUGCAGACAUCUACUCCCGAUGCAAACCCCCAACCAUCGACCCAGACGUGGAACGUGCGUAAUGUCCGACCCUUCUACCUGAAAGCCAGACCUACAGCAGUGGAACCGAACCUGACCGGCACUUGA